AUGGGUCCUCUCUCUGUUGUCACUGGGGCAAACCGAGGCAUUGGAUUUUCACUGUGCGCCAAGCUUAAGUCAAAAGGCUACGAUGUUGUAGCCUCAUGCCGUAAACCAAGCGCGGAGCUCCAGGCAUUGGGCGUGCAAAUUGUUGAAGGCGUGGAUGUGGGCCGCGAUGGCGGCUGCGCCCCGCUGACCGCCACCUUGCGCGGUCGCCAGGUGGACCUGUUGGUUUGCAAUGCCGGCGUACUGAUGGAGGACUCCAUCACAGAUCUGGACCUCAACAACAUUCGGGAGCAGUACACACAAAUACACGUCAACUCGUUAGGCCCCCUGCGCACUUACCUGGCGGUCAGGGAAAGCCUGGGACCUGGAGCGAAGGUCGCCAUCAUCACCUCCCGGAUGGGCUCCAUUGCGGACAACGGCAGUGGUGGAGAUUAUGGCUAUCGGAUGAGCAAGGCCGCAGUGAAUAUGUUGGGCAUGAACCUGGCCGUCGACUUGAAGAGUGCUGGCGUGGCGGUGGGCAUCCUCCACCCUGGCUUUGUGGCCACUGACAUGACCAAGAAAUAUCAUGGCAUGGACGGUGUUAUCGAUCCUGAGCAAAGCGCUGCGGACCUGGUGGAUAUCAUCGAGCACCGUUUGUCGUUGGAGACCUCGGGAACUUUCUGGCACCGCAACGGCAGUGUGUUGCCCUGGUAG